CGGCCGUAGAUCUCCGCCAAGUGCGCCUGCGUGGAAGAGUAGAGGCGUCGAGUCCGGCGAUCAGUGGGGAAAGCUGCGGUAGCGACCCUCCAACCUCGCCAUGAAGACCCGCUUUAGCACCGUUGACCUCCGUGCGGUACUCGCGGAGCUGAAUGCCAGCUUGCUAGGAAUGCGAGUAAACAAUGUUUACGAUGUGGAUAAUAAGACGUAUCUUAUUCGUCUUCAAAAACCAGACUUUAAAGCAACACUUUUACUUGAAUCUGGCAUACGAAUUCACACAACAGAAUUUGAGUGGCCUAAGAAUAUGAUGCCGUCUAGUUUUGCCAUGAAGUGCCGAAAACAUUUGAAGAGUCGGAGAUUAGUCAGUGCAAAACAGCUUGGUGUGGAUAGAAUUGUAGAUUUUCAAUUUGGAAGUGAUGAAGCUGCAUAUCACUUAAUCAUUGAACUCUAUGAUAGGGGGAACAUUGUUCUUACAGAUUAUGAGUAUCUAAUUUUAAAUAUCCUAAGAUUUCGAACUGAUGAGUCAGAUGAAGUUAAAUUUGCUGUUCGUGAACGCUAUCCCGUUGAUCAUGCUAGAGCUGUUGAACCGUUGCUUACCUUGGAAAGACUGACUGAAAUAAUAACCAGGGCACCUAAGGGUGAACUACUAAAGAGAGUUCUUAACCCAUUACUUCCCUAUGGAUCAGCUCUCAUUGAACAUUGUCUUAUUGAAAAUGGAUUCUCUGGCAAUGUCAAAGUGGAUGAAAAAUUUGAAAGUAAGGAUAUUGAAAAAGUACUUGUUUGUCUGCAGAAAGCAGAAGACUAUAUGAAAACAACGUCCAACUUCAGAGGAAAGGGAUAUAUCAUUCAGAAAAGAGAAAUAAAACCAAGCCUGGAAGUAGAUAAACCAACUGAAGACAUACUCACGUAUGAGGAAUUUCAUCCUUUCUUGUUUUCUCAACAUUCACAAUGUCCAUAUAUAGAAUUUGAAUCAUUUGACAAGGCUGUGGAUGAAUUUUAUUCCAAGAUCGAAGGUCAGAAAAUAGAUUUAAAAGCUUUACAACAGGAAAAACAAGCAUUGAAGAAAUUAGAUAAUGUCCGAAAGGAUCACGAAAACAGAUUAGAAGCUCUUCAACAGGCUCAGGAAAUAGAUAAACUUAAAGGAGAGCUCAUAGAAAUGAAUCUACAAAUAGUUGACAGAGCCAUUCAGGUUGUUCGAAGUGCUUUAGCCAACCAGAUAGAUUGGACAGAAAUUGGGUUAAUUGUGAAAGAAGCCCAAGCUCAAGGAGACCCUGUUGCAAAUUCAAUCAAAGAAUUAAAACUACAAACAAAUCAUGUUACAAUGCUACUAAGAAAUCCAUACUUAUUAUCAGAGGAGGAAGAUGACGAUGUUGAUGGUGACAUCAGUGCUGAGAAAAAUGAAACUGAACCACCAAAAGGAAAAAAGAAAAAGAAAAAGAAUAAACAGCUGCAGAAGCCUCAGAAAAAUAAGCCAUUACUUGUUGAUGUUGAUCUCAGUUUAUCAGCAUAUGCCAAUGCCAAAAAGUAUUAUGAUCACAAGAGAUAUGCUGCUAAGAAAACACAAAAGACUGUUGAAGCUGCUGAGAAGGCAUUCAAAUCAGCUGAAAAGAAAACAAAGCAAACCUUAAAAGAAGUCCAAACAGUUACCUCUAUUCAAAAAGCAAGAAAAGUGUAUUGGUUUGAGAAAUUUUUGUGGUUCAUUAGCUCAGAGAACUAUUUAAUUAUAGGAGGACGAGAUCAGCAGCAGAAUGAAAUAAUCGUGAAAAGAUACUUGACACCAGGGGACAUUUAUGUACAUGCUGAUCUUCAUGGAGCUACUAGCUGUGUCAUUAAAAAUCCAACAGGAGAACCGAUUCCUCCUCGAACAUUGACUGAAGCUGGCACAAUGGCACUUUGCUACAGUGCUGCUUGGGAUGCCCGAGUUAUCACUAGUGCUUGGUGGGUGUACCAUCAUCAGGUGUCUAAAACAGCACCAACUGGAGAAUAUUUGACAACAGGAAGCUUCAUGAUAAGAGGAAAAAAGAAUUUCCUUCCUCCGUCAUAUCUAAUGCUGGGGUUUAGCUUCCUCUUUAAGGUAGAUGAGUCUUGUGUUUGGAGACAUCGAGGUGAACGAAAAGUCAGAGUGCAAGAUGAAGACAUGGAGACACUGGCGAGUUGCACAAGUGAACUCAUAUCAGAAGAAAUGGAACAACUAGAUGGAGGAGACAGUAGCAGUGAAGAAGAUAAAGAGGAAUUACAGGAAACUCCUGUGGAAGUGGAAUUCAUGUCUCAGGUUGACCAGGAGGGUAUUAAUAUUCAUAGUGGUGGAGAUGAGCUAAAUGAAGAACUAAUGCAGGAAGAAAGCUCCGAAGAUGGAGAAUCUGAAGAGGUGGUAAAAGAUCAGGAAUCUGUUGGUGAAAUGAAGGAUGAAGGGGAAGAGAUAUUAAAUUAUCCUGAUACUACCAUUGACUUGUCCCACCUUCAGUCCCAGAGGUCCCUCCAGAAAUUGGCUUCAAAAGAAGAAUCUUCUAAUAUGAUUGACAGUAAAUUACAGAGCCGGAGACAUUUGUCAGCCAAGGAAAGAAGGGAACUGAAGAAGAAAAAGCUUCCAAGUGACUCAGGGGAUUUAGAAGUGAUAGAGGGAAAAGACAAAGAAAAAGAAAAUGCUCUACACCUUGAAACACAUCAGAACACAGGCAAAAAUGCACCAGCUGUGCAGCCAGUGAAGCGAGGACAAAAGGAACAGUCUGUUCCUUUGCAGUAAGGAUCAUCUCAAUGUGGCAGGGAGAGCUCAUGUAUGGGUUCAUCUGCCCGUGAGCUCCAUAAGUUCUGGGAGCUUUGUUCACCUGGAUGUGCUCAAUGACCAGAGAAUGGACAUCUAAACCCUGAAGUUCAGCAUCAGUCUCUGCAUUUUUAAGCUUGUGCAGCAGAAAUUCAGCACUCUAUUUGGGCCACUCACCCUGUGUCCAGCCCCAUGUUUGGCCUGGCACACCUACCAACUGCACCACUGUAACAACGAAAUGGUACAUACUGCUUCUGUAAAGGGACAUCGUUCAGAUACUUGGUGACUUUUUGAAAUGCAUACCCUUGAUGGCCUGUGCAGUCCCAUGAAUGUUCUUAAAGUGAACGUGAAGAUUUGAACCUCUUGAUUUGCAUGAUUUUGUGGGGUUUGCUGGGUCAAAUGAAUAAUGAAUCGUUUUCAGAUGUCACCACAGGCCACUUAUGGGAAGAGCUGGGGUGAAUUGUUAAAGUUAAUACUAUAUGGUUCACAAAUGAAGUUGUGAGGUUCCCCUUAAAUUUUUAAAAUUUAAGUGAAAUAGAUGCUGUAGGCAAAAAAAUAAUAAUAAUUCUAGCCCGGUCAGGGUGGCUUGGUGGUUGAGCGUUGACCCAUGAACCAAGAGGUUGCUGGUUCGAUUCCCAGUCAGGUCACUUGCCCAGGUUGUGGGCUCAAUCCCCAGUGGGAUGCGUGCAGAAGGCAGCUGAUCGAUGAUUCUCUCUCAUCAUCUCUCUCAUCAUGUUUCUCUCUCUCCCUCCCCUUCCUCUCUGAAAACAAUAAAAAAUUUUGUUAAUGUGUAGCGUGUAAAGAAGAGAUUGUCAGUUACUAUAUCAGUGUAUCCUUUUUUAAAAACUCUUUUGAAGUCUUAAUAAAGAUCAUGUUUAAUGAACUUUCCUACAUCAAUAGUAUCAGAAUUUCCUGUUGUUUUGCCAGUGGGCCUCAUAAGUGAAGUGGCUAGUCAUGUUUUAAAAAGAUACCGAAGUAAAUUCCAGGGGGAGAAAAGAACCCAUCAGUAAAAUUGCAAGACAAAUGGCAAAUCUGAUAAAAAGAAAUGCUUAUGUAAACAAGGUGUGUUUUUCUCACCCAUCAAAUUAAUAGAUAAUGUGUGUUCAAUCUCAUUCAAUAAAUGUUUGAGCGCACAGCAUGGGAAUUCCCAUCAGGAGCCCUAACAAUGUACUUACUCUUUGACUCAGCAAUUCUACUUUUAGGAAUUUAUAUUUUAAAAAAUCAUAUAUAUAUAUAUACUAAGGAUAGUCAUCAAGAUAUUUAUAAUAACAAGAAAACUGAAGAUAAUUUUAAAUACCCAACAAUAUAAAAUAACAAACAAUCUGGUGUUUAUACAGUGAGAUAUUCUGCAGAUACUUUAAGUUCUAAGGCAAAUCCUGAUGAAAUUUUUACUAAAAUACAUUACAUUUUUAGAUUAUUUUUGUGGAGAGCUAUCAUCUUUACCACAGUGAGUCUUCGUGUCCAUGAAUGUGGACUAUAAUUAUGUGAGACUUUGUAUUCUUCCAUUUUCCUCUAGAGUCUUACCUGUCUUAUCUAUUCCUACUUAAAAUUUUUAUUACUUUUUAUAAUAAAGUGGCAUAUUUUUUGAAAUUUCACUUCCUAGUUAUUAGUUGCUGGUAUGUGGGAAGUCAGUUUUCAUAUUCUAGUAAUAGGUAGUCUUACUGAAUUUUUAAAAUAUUUCAUCUGUAUACAGUCACAUUGCUUGCAAAUGAAGGCUUUUCUUCCUUCUAAUCCUAAUAUCUGUUAUGCUUUUCUUAUAUUUUUUGCACUGGCUCAAACAUCAGUUUACAGUGUUGCAUAGAGGUAAUAAUAGUGUGCAUCUUUGUUAAUUACAUUCAAGGGGACUGUAGCUAAGGUUGUUACCAUGUUGUCUUAAGGGUUGUUGGUAGAUGUCCUUUAUGAAGAGUUAUCCUAUAUAAUAAAAGAAAUAUGUAAAUUGACCAUCCCUCUGCUACACUCACCAGCCAAUCAGAAGUGAAUAUACAAAUUAACCCGACAAAGAUGGCGGGUUAAUUUGCAUAUACAGGCGCCAGGCGGAGAGCAGAGCAGGAGAGCCGGUGGAGAGUGGAGCAGCUUGGGGAACUUUGCUCCCCAAGCCGCCAGAUGGAGAGCAGAGAGGGAGAGCUGGCAGCUUGCAGGACUUGGCAGAGUGGGAGGCCAUGGGAUGGAGACAGAGCAGGAAGGGAAAACCAAGAGCGCAGGGAGCACCAGGAAUUCUGGGAAUAGUAGU